UCCAACACGCACAUGACCCGGGUCACAUGACGCGGAGCCUCGGUUCCACCUCCUGGUUCAUGUUCACUCUCAGCACGGAGCGAGGCUAUUAGCUGUUAGCUGUUAGCUUCCACUGUCCAGACGGCCGACAUGAGUUUCCUGGGAGGUUUGUUCGGGCCGGUAUGUGAGAUAGAUGUGCUGCUGAACGAUGCUGAGAACAGAAAGACAGCUGAGUUGAAGACAGAAGAUGGGAAAGUGGAGAAACACUACCUGUUCUAUGAUGGAGAGUCUGUGUCUGGAAAGGUGAAUCUAAAUGUGAGGCAGGGAGGAAAGCGACUCGAGCAUCAGGGCAUCCGCAUCGAGUUUGUCGGACAGAUAGAGCUGUUCUCUGAUAAGAGCAACACCCAUGAAUUUGUGGACUUGGUGAAAGAGUUAGCGCUGCCUGGAGAACUCACUCAGAACAGAAGCUACGACUUUGAGUUCAUGCAGGUGGAGAAGCCCUACGAGUCCUACACUGGAGCUAAUGUCAGGCUAAGGUAUUUCCUCAGGGUGACAAUAGUUCGUCGUCUCUCUGACUUAGUGAAGGAAUACGAGUUGAUCGUCCACCAGUUAGCCACGUACCCAGAUGUCAACAACUCAAUCAAGAUGGAGGUCGGCAUAGAAGACUGUCUCCACAUCGAGUUUGAGUACAAUAAAUCCAAAUACCACCUCAAGGAUGUGAUUGUUGGGAAGAUCUACUUCCUGCUGGUCAGGAUUAAGAUCCAGCACAUGGAGCUGCAGCUCAUCAAGAAGGAGACAACAGGCAUUGGUCCCAGUACUACGACUGAGACGGAGACUGUUGCAAAGUAUGAAAUCAUGGAUGGAGCUCCAGUUAAAGGAGAAUCAAUCCCCAUCAGACUGUUCCUGGCAGGAUAUGAUUUGACAGCCACCAUGAGGGACGUCAACAAGAAGUUCUCAGUGCGCUACUUCCUUAAUCUGGUGCUGGUGGACGAAGAGGAUAGAAGAUACUUUAAACAACAGGAGAUCGUUUUGUGGAGAAAAGCCCCAGAGAAGAUGAGGAAAAGAAACUUCCAUCAGCGCUAUGAAUCGCCCGAGCCCCGAACCCAGCCGGUUAAUGCAGAGCAGCCAGAGAUGUGAGCCCGACAUCAUGAACUAAAAAUCCACACAGAAACACCCCGACUCUUCACUGCUAAACAGCCAGAGGUGUGAGAGCUGCCCCACUAUCUCCCUGGACUGAGAAAUGUCUGUAUCCAUGAAUACACAUAACAUACCUUCAGAUAUCCCCCCUUAAACCACCCCACAGCUUCUGAUGUGAGCUGUCCUGCCACCAUCACUGUCUCCCCUAGGACUGAAAACACUUGCAUACAGAUGCACCAGUCUGCUGAAUGCUAAAUAUCAAGGCAAGACUGCAAAUCUAGCCAACCCAUGAAAGGAACAGUGAGGCAGCCUGUUCGAUCCAGGCGUCUCGGACUGAAAACGCACAUGCUCAAACUCACACAGGUGAAGCCAUAGAGUUUGCUGAAUGAAACCAGAGCAAAGACAGUUUAUGGCUUUCUUCUGCAACAGGAGCUUCUUUUGGUUGCAUGUUUGGACGGCACUUAUCCAGGACGCUCUCCGGUAUCGUCCAUCCCAACCCCCUACAAAAUGAUGGUUUGUUUUUUAUCUGGAUGAGCUACCAAGUGAUUAAGUACACAAGUAAUAGGGAUCGGCUUGAAAAAACAACAUGCAGGCUGAGUCGGCACCUGCACUCUCUAUUUAUACACAGUACAUGAGUGUGAAUAAUGACACCACUGUGCUCUCGCUCAUCCUAAAGCUGCUGCUAAGUUUUAUUCAAGUAUGAUGCAACAGUCUGCAAACUGCUGGUUUCAAGUACAAUCUCAACUUAAUUAGAUUCAGUCCAUCUAAACAUUUAAUUUCAUCUUCCCACCCACUUUGAUUUCAUACAGAAAAGGUUUCUACUCAAGGCGAAAAUGAUGAAUUCAGUGUCAUUCAUUUCAUAAAAUUAAAAAGUAAAUUACAAUUAUAUAGAGCUGCAACUGAUCACAGAGAGAGAGAUAUGUGUUCUCAUUGAGUUUGUAUGACUGAACAGAAAACAUAUUUAUUUGCAACUUGGUGGUGUCAGUUCACAUUAAUAGAUGAAAGAAAUGCAUUGUCUUCAAUUUCAGAAACGUAAAGCUCAAAAAUAUUUGAAAGGUGAUCACGUUGCCUGGUUACUUUUACCUGAAAACAAAAGUUGUGUCUUCACCACACGAUUAACAAUUUACAUUUUCAUUGAAUCAACGAAAUGAUGCUUGCCAUGAUCAGCAGACGGUAGUUCCACUCUUGUCACUUUCACCUUAUUCUUUACAAGGUGUACUUUCUUUUUUUUAAGCUGGUUUGGUAGACCUAGAAAACUAAUGUAUUAUAUGACUCAUGCCUGCUGUUGUAAGCACUGGAAGGCGUGCAGCGUCAAUAUACUGUAAAAUCCAACAAUGUUCCACUGUGAUGCUCAGACCGGCAGUUUAGGUCCAGCUUUAAAGACACACUCAUACACACAUGGUUUGGUGAUGUAACCAGUCCAGUGUGUUGGGCCUAUUUGCCCGCACGCUCUGAUCUGUGGGCGGUUCUGCAUGUUUCCCUUUGGAUGCUUAACUCUGUAUAAAGGGGCAUGGAAGCUAAAAUGAAACAUCACUCAAGGAAAACUUCACCUCAGAGCUCUCCUGUCUGUAAUUGAAAAUAUACUGUCAAUCAUAUAUCACUACUUAUUUUAAUUGAA